GGGUGGGAAAAAGAAUUUUUCAAGUUUUUUUUUUUAGCUGGCUUUAUACAGACAGAGUGGAAUCUAUAUUUUUCUCCACACCCAUGUUACAUGUGACCUCAUAAUCCAGGCAAGGAGAGAAGGGGAGGGAACUGGUGUGGUGUGAGGGAGAGGUUCAAAACAAGUCCCAGAUUCAUAGAAUCCACAAGUCGUUCUCUUCUUCUACAGUUUGCUAAAUCUGAUAGGACCUAUCGCCCUGCAAUACUUUCUGCUGCCCUAAACUACAGUUUCAUCUUGGUCUAGAAGAAGAGAAGAGUGAAGAUGUUGGUCGUCCUGGCUUUUAUUGUCAUUUUCCACGUAACCUCCAUAGCAUUACUAUUCGUUUCUACAAUUGACAAUGCUUGGUGGGUUGGAAACAGUUAUUAUGUGGACAUAUGGAAAACCUGUAUUACCAAUAAUACAAAAGUACAAUGCACCGGAAUCAACAACUCUUUUCAGGCGAUCCAAGCUAUUCAGGCUACUAUGGUUCUAUCUACCAUUCUCUGCUGCAUUGGACUCCUAAGCUUUGUUCUUCAGCUCUUUCGGCUUAAACAAGGAGAGAGAUUUGUGUUCACUGCUAUCAUCCAGAUGUUGUCAUGUCUCUGCGUUAUGGUUGCUGCAGCAAUCUAUUCCUCCAUGCAUGAUCAGUUCCAUCCGCAACUGAACAUAAAGGACGGCACAUUUGGUUAUUCCUUUAUCCUAGCCUGGAUUGCCUUUGCUUUCACCUUAAUUAACAGCAUCAUGUACUUAAUACUUAGAAAACGUAAAUGAGCCAUAGUAUCAGCUAGAUAAAUUCUAUAACUACAGAAACCAAAUCCAGAUAACCAUUUUGUAUAUAAUCAUUUAAUGUGGUUUUGUAGUAAGAGGUAAUGUUUUCUAAAACAUGUACUGUUUUCUUAGCAUGUUUAACGCUAAGACUAUGAAACAUUAUACAAAUAUCCUGCAACGUUGCCCCUUUUUGGGUUAAUGGGAAAGGAGGAUGAUAUCGCAAUACAUGUAUAAUGUUUUUACAACUUGAACUUUUUUUGUUUAAAUUUUAUAUAUUUUUGUUUAGACGUAGCUAUAACAAACGUUGGUUAAAAGUUUUUAUUGUGUGGGGAGGGUUGGUGGGUUUUCAAAUAACAAAUCAAGCUUGCGGUCCGCAUGAAAGGAGAGCCAGUAAUUCAUUUACAUGUCAAAGAUAGUAGGCUGAUAUUUAGAUAGUAUAUAUUAUUUUUAAUAACAUCACCACAAUGUCUAUGUGGGUGAAACGCACGUUUUUUCAUCACAAACUUAUAAACGUGUGUUUUAUUUUAUUUGCCACUGUGGCAAGAGAAUAUUAAUUUAAUAGUGACUGUCGCCAGUAUGAUCCAGGGAUAGAUGAACAGCAGGACCAGCUGUUGCUGAACUACAUUUCCCUCAAAUCCUAGCAUGCAGGAUUUACUAAACAACUAUCCUUUAUGUAACCCAUAGGUUCUCAAACUUGGUCCUCAGGACCCCAAACAGUUCAUGUUUUCCAGGUCUCCCCACCCUGAAACGCUAGUCAAAUAAUUUGCUCCACCUGUGACUUUUUUUUAAAAUGUGUUAGUGAGUAAUGAACACACCUAUCCUCCUGCUGGGUAUCCUGGAAAAUGAACUUUGUAGGGAGCGAGUUUAUGAACCACUGGUGUAACCUAUUACACAUAUCUUGUGAGUUUCCAUUUAGUUGUGCAAUUACAAAUGUUGUUACAUUGUAAUUAUUAUUGGAAGAUCAGUUACGAUUAUAGCCAACUUUUUGCCCCUACAGUUUUGAACUCUGUACAUAUAUACAAAACCAAAUUUGUUUCUAGAUCUUUGUUUUGCAUGUAGUUUUAGAAUCUAGGUAUGGAAUGUGGUCAAUUUAUUGUUAUAAAACCAUUGCUUUAAAAAUGAAA